CGAUUUCACCCGUUUCAACCUUCACCAACAUUUCCAAUGCAAGCAUUCUUACGGGAGGCAACAGCAAUACUUCCCCCACCUCCGUGGAAUCUCUCGAGGAACCAAGGGCUUCGAGUACGUCGUCCAGUCAUUCCCCUCAGCCCCAACCGUCGUCCUCAACAGGAUCCGCCACGAAUAAUAGCAGUUCCAGCAACCAGAGCAAACCUCCCUACUCCUACGUGGCGUUGAUAGCGAUGGCAAUUCAAAGCAGCCAUCUGAAGAGGGCUACGCUAUCCGAGAUCUACCAGUACAUCACUUCGAAGUUUCCGUAUUUCGAGAAGAAUAAGAAGGGGUGGCAGAAUUCCAUCAGGCACAAUCUGAGCCUGAAUGAAUGUUUCGUGAAG